AUGGCUGGGGAAGAGUACGGCCGGAUUUAUUCGUGGGGCAAUGCACCGGACAGAAAGGGCGACUAUGAAAUGGCUAGCCCAUGUGCACCGGCCGAUUUACCACAGACUCUACUCGAGCCCGUCCUUGUUCGCCAUGCCACCGUGAAUGGAUUUAAAACAAGAUUCGACACGACACUGCUGAACUUCGAAACGGAUCCCGAAACCGGCUUGAUCACGGCCAAUCUACGUGAUAAGCUCACCAACUCAGAAUACAAAAUCCGAACCAAGUAUCUCUUGGGGGCCGAUGGCGCCCGGAGUCAAGUCGUGAAACAACUCGGCCUCCCGCUCGCAGUCAAGCCAGGUCAAGGAAUGGCCAUCAACGUGCUGGUCAAGGCUGAUCUGUCCCAUCUGGUCGAACACCGACGGGGCAAUCUGCACUGGGUUAUGCAGCCUGACAAAGAGCAUCCCAAAUUCGCCCAGAUGGGCAUUGUUCGCAUGGUCAAGCCGUGGCAUGAAUGGAUGUUCAUCUUGCUACCGACUCGAGACUGCGACCCAGAAAUUUCUCCCUCGAGGGAGGAAUAUCUCCAAACAGUUCGACAUUUUAUUGGUGACGACACGCCCGCCGAGAUCAUUGAUAUCUCCAAGUGGUUCAUCAAUGAGAUUGUUGCAGAGGAAUACUCUCAAGGAAACGUCUUCUGUCUCGGUGACGCCGUGCACCGUCACCCGCCGUUCAAUGGUCUAGGAUCCAACACGUGCAUUCAAGAUGCCUUCAACUUGGCCUGGAAGUUGGCCUACGUCCAUCGCGGACUGGCCGAUCCUUCACUGCUCUCGACCUACAGCACUGAGCGCCAACCUGUCGGUCAUCAAAUCAUCACCCGAGCAAAUGACGGAUUCCGAGACCAUUUUGCGAUUUGGGACGCGCUUGGUGCCCUUCCUCCGGAUUUGGAAACCCGUAAAGCAAUACAUAGCGAGCUGAGUGCUCCUACAGCUGCCGGCACUGAACGACGACGUGCACUCCAGACAGCCAUCACGGAAACAUCCCACGAGUUUCACGGACUUGGUGUCGAAAUGAACCAGAGGUACUGCAGUUCUGGUAUUUACGACGCUGACGAGCCUGAACCGUACAAGCACACCGGGCGUGCCGCACAAGAUCCGAUUCUCUAUCACGAAAGACGCACGUAUCCCGGAACUCGCCUUCCACACGUCUGGCUCAACAAGGCCAUUCCCACUGAACCGAAGUCGACUAUCGAUCUGGCAGGGCACGGCGCAUUUACCAUUUUCACGGGCAUAGGAGGUGGACACUGGCACGCGGCGGCGGAACGGGUCUCUGCUAGCUUCGGCAUACCCAUCUCCGUGCAUUCGAUCGGGUUCCGACAGCAAUGGGAGGACGUUUACUAUGAUUGGGAGCAAGUACGUGGCGUGGAAGAAUCUGGAGCAGUCUUGGUUCGGCCAGACCGAUUCAUCGGCUGGAGAGCACCAGAAGUCUUGGAAAGUCAAGAAGCGUGCGAGGCAAAGCUCACAGACGUGCUAGGUUCAAUUCUUGGUCGCAGCGGUAGAUGA